AAGGGGUGGCCGGCCCGAGUCCUGGACAGCCCUGACCCCAUGACAGUCGUGGUCUAUAACUGCGCCAUGGGCAGCCCUGACUGUUCCCAGUGCCUGGGCCGAGAGGACCUGGGUCACCUGUGUGUGUGGAGCGACGGCUGCCGCCUGCGGGGGCCCCUGCAGCCCCUGCCUGGCACCUGCCCUGCCCCCGAGAUCCGGGCGAUUGAGCCCCUGAGUGGCCCCUUGGACGGUGGGACUCUGCUGACCAUCCGAGGCAGGAACCUGGGCCGGCGGCUCAGUGAUGUGGUCCACGGCGUGUGGAUUGGCAGCGUGGCCUGUGAGCCACUGGCCAACAGAUACACAGUGUCAGAGGAGAUCGUGUGUGCCACGGGGACAGCCCCAGGGCCAUUCUCGGACGUGGUGACGGUGAAUGCCUCCAAGGAGGGCAGGUCACGGGAGCGCUUCUCAUACGUGCUGCCCCUGGUCCACUCCCUGGAGCCUGCCAUGGGUCCCAAGGCAGGGGGCACCAGGAUCACCAUCCACGGGAGUGAACUCCAUGUGGGCUCCGAGCUCCAGGUCCUAGUGAAUGACACAGACCCCUGCACAGAGCUCGUGCGCACAGACACCAGCAUCACCUGCACCGUGCCCGGAGGUACCCUGCCAUCCCCAGUGCCUGUGUGUGUGCGCUUUGAGCGCCGGGGCUGCGUGCAUGGCAACCUCACCUUCGGGUACAUGGAGAACCCAGUUAUCACAGCCAUCAGCCCCCGCCGCAGCCCUGUCAGUGGCGGCAGGACCAUCACGGUGGCUGGUGAGCGUUUCCACAUGGUGCAGAACGUGUCCAUGGCCGUGCACCACAUCGGCCGGGAGCCCACGCUCUGCAAGGUUCUCAACUCCACCCUCAUCACCUGCCCAUCCCCUGGCGCCCUGAGCAACACCUCAGCACUGGUAGACUUCUUCAUCAAUGGGCGUCCCUAUGCGGAUGAGGUGGCCAUCACCGAGGAGCUGCUGGACCCCGAGGAGGUGCGGCGCGGCAGCAGGUUCCGCCUGGACUAUCUCCCCAACCCACAGUUCUCCACGGCCAAGAGGGAGAAGUGGAUCAAGCACCACCCUGGGGAGCCUCUCACCCUCGUCAUCCACAAGGAGCAGGACAGCCUGGGGCUGCAGCGCCAUGAGUACCUGGUCAAGAUAGGCCAAGUGAGCUGUGACAUUCAGAUCGUCUCGGACAGAGUCAUCCACUGCUCAGUCAACGAGUCCCUGGGCGCAGCCAAGGGGCAGCUGCCCAUCACAAUCCAGGUGGGGAAUUUCAACCAAACCCUCGCCACGUUGCAGCUGGGAGGCAGCGAGACGGCCAUCAUUGUGUCGAUCGUCAUCUGCAGCGUCUUGCUGCUGCUCUCCGUCGUGGCCCUGUUCGUCUUCUGCACCAAGAGCCGCCGUGCCGAGCGCUACUGGCAGAAGACGCUGCUGCAGAUGGAGGAGAUGGAAUCCCAGAUCCGCGAGGAAAUUCGCAAAGGCUUUGCUGAGCUGCAGACGGACAUGACAGAUCUGACCAAGGAGCUGAACCGCAGCCAAGGCAUCCCCUUCCUGGAGUACAAGCACUUUGUGACCCGCACCUUCUUCCCCAAGUGCUCCUCCCUCUAUGAAGAGCGCUAUGUCCUGCCCUCCCAGACUCUCAGCUCCCAGGGUGGCUCCCAGGUGCAGGAGACCCACCCGCUGCUGGGAGAGUGGAAGAUCCCUGAGAGCUGUCGGCCCAACAUGGAAGAGGGGAUCGGCCUGUUCUCCUCACUACUCAACAACAAGCACUUCCUCAUUGUCUUCGUCCACGCACUGGAGCAGCAGAAGGACUUCGCAGUGCGUGACAGGUGCAGCCUGGCAUCCCUGCUGACCAUCGCGCUGCACGGCAAGCUGGAGUACUACACCAGCAUCAUGAAGGAGCUGCUGGUGGACCUCAUCGACGCCUCGGCUGCCAAGAAUCCCAAGCUCAUGCUGCGGCGCACGGAGUCUGUGGUGGAGAAGAUGCUUACCAACUGGAUGUCCAUCUGCAUGUACAGCUGCCUGCGGGAGACGGUCGGGGAGCCGUUCUUCCUGCUCCUGUGUGCCAUCAAGCAGCAGAUCAACAAGGGCUCCAUCGACGCCAUCACGGGCAAGGCCCGCUACACGCUCAACGAGGAGUGGCUGCUUCGGGAGAACAUCGAGGCCAAGCCCCGGAACCUGAACGUGUCCUUCCAGGGCUGCGGCAUGGACUCGCUGAGCGUGCGGGCCAUGGACACUGACACGCUGACGCAGGUCAAGGAGAAGAUCCUGGAAGCCUUCUGCAAGAACGUGCCCUACUCCCAGUGGCCGCACGCAGAGGAUGUUGACCUUGAGUGGUUCGCCUCCAGUACCCAGAGCUACAUCCUGCGGGACCUGGACGACACCUCGGUGGUGGAGGACGGCCGCAAGAAGCUUAACACACUGGCCCACUACAAGAUCCCUGAAGGGGCCUCCCUGGCCAUGAGCCUCAUAGACAAGAAGGACAACACACUGGGCCGAGUUAAAGACUUGGACACAGAGAAGUAUUUCCAUUUGGUGCUGCCCACAGACGAGCUGGCGGAGCCCAAGAAGUCCCACCGGCAGAGCCACCGCAAGAAGGUGCUACCAGAGAUCUACCUGACCCGCCUGCUGUCCACCAAGGGCACUCUGCAGAAAUUUCUGGAUGACCUGUUCAAGGCCAUCCUGAGCAUCCGUGAAGACAAGCCCCCGCUGGCCGUCAAGUACUUCUUUGACUUCCUGGAGGAACAGGCUGAGAAGAGGGGAAUCUCGGACCCUGACACCCUGCACAUCUGGAAGACCAACAGGUUCCUUCCCCUCCGGUUCUGGGUGAACAUCCUGAAGAACCCCCAGUUUGUCUUCGACAUCGACAAGACGGACCACAUCGACGCCUGCCUCUCGGUCAUUGCGCAGGCCUUCAUCGACGCCUGCUCCAUCUCUGACCUGCAGCUGGGCAAGGAUUCGCCUACCAACAAGCUCCUGUAUGCCAAGGAGAUCCCAGAGUACCGGAAAAUCGUGCAGCGCUACUACAAGCAGAUCCAGGACAUGACACCACUCAGCGAGCAGGAAAUGAACGCCCACCUGGCUGAGGAGUCGCGGAAAUACCAGAACGAGUUCAACACCAACGUGGCCAUGGCCGAGAUUUAUAAAUACGCCAAGAGGUAUCGCCCGCAGAUCAUGGCCGCCCUGGAGGCCAACCCCACGGCCCGGAGGACACAGCUGCAGCACAAGUUUGAGCAGGUGGUGGCUUUGAUGGAGGACAACAUCUAUGAGUGCUACAGCGAGGCCUGAGGUUCAUGGGACAGAGCCUGUCGCAGCUACUGUGGGGAAGAGCGGGGCGUCCACCGGGUCUCAGCUUUGUCUUUCGCCCCGUGCCUCUGACUCGGGCUGGGAAAUGCAAAGCAGAGAUGGCUGGGGCCGUGGGGAGGAGGAAGGACUGCUCUGAGCCAGGCAGAGAAGCCCCUGCCCGGGCCACUUGGGCACCUCCCUCCCCUCCCACCCGCCCCAGUCCGGACUCUGGGAUGGGGGUCUUGAAUGCACAGCCAGUCCUGGUGAGGCUCCCUGGCAAAGCACGGCCUGUGGACUGUGCCCACCCACUCGCCCUGCUGAGAGCCCCCCGCCUGUCCAGGUGGCCCAGCUCAGACCAGGAGAGGAGGCCGCCUGGCUCGGAGGCUGCAGCUCAGACACACUACCUCAUCCAGACUGGCGCAGGGGAGGCCUCCGGGAACCAGCCUCGAUGGGUUUCUGCUUCCACCACCAAAAAGUUAUCUCCGUGUUCCUCCCCCAGAGAGGACCACAGACAGUUUCAAGCAGGGGUGGAUUUUUGUUGUUGCUCAGCAGUGUUGGGAGAGUGGAAAGUGCCCACUGGCCUCAGGGGCGCUCUGUGGGCUUCUCCGUGAGCGGGGAGUAUGCAGGGGAAACGCCAAGGGAGGGGACAGGUGCCCGGAGCUCCUGAUCUCCCGGGAAGGGAGAGCGGUUAAGGUGCGCCAAGGCUGUAGCUGGACUACUCGAUCUUGCUGGAAGUGUUUCUAAAGAUAGCACCACUUUUUGUUGAUUUUUUAAAAAAAAGCUUUUAUAUAUUAAAAAAAAAGUAUCUCGCGCCAACUGUGAAUAGCUGCCACCUGUGCAGAGGACCCAGGGAGGGGUCCCAAGAGGCGCCUGAGGCAACACUGGAAGUGACUGUUCCGGAGAGAGCAGACCGGGCAGAGCCCCCCUCGGUGCCCUGAGAAAGUCGCCCAUCCCAUUCCUGUCAGAAGUGACCCUCUGUGCCUGACCCAGCCGUCCAACCCCUCGGGACAGACCCGGCCAGUGCUGGGACUGGCUCAGCACCCGCGGGGGCUGGAGAAGGGCGGCCGGGACUCUCUGGAACUUUCUUGAUAAUAAAAGCCUGACGGGAAAACCUA